AUGUCGAAUGUACCCGUCCGACCUCUCACGCCAACUUCAACUGAGAAGCAUGACCCUGUUGAACUUGAGCAGGCCCCGACCUCGAAGUCGGUGGAUUCAGGGCGCAAUGACAUUGACCCGGAGUUUUCGCCAGAUGAACAGCGCAAAAUCGUCCGACGUAUCGACAGACGCCUGAUCGUCACCUGUGGUCUCAUGUACUGUAUUUCUUUGAUGGACCGCACCAACUUAUCCAAUGCUGCCAUUGCUGGCAUGGUGGUGGAGCUUAAUCUCAUCGGGUUCCGCUAUUCGACCAUAGCAUUGGUCUUCUUUGCGACAUAUACCCUCUGUCAGCCACCAGCAACGGUGAUGUGUAGGAAGAUUGGCCCAAGGCCAUUCCUAGCUUCCAUCACCUUGGCAUGGGGAAUAGUUAUGAUCGGAUUUGGUUUUCCGGAGACAUGGGGUCCAAUGAUACCACUCAGACUGAUCCUAGGAGUCCUCGAAGCUGGCUUCUUCCCAGGCUGUGUUUAUCUCAUCUCAACUUGGUACACGAGAUAUGAGCUCCAGAAGCGAUACUCGAUCUUCUACCUCAUCGGCUGCUUAGCUUCUGCCUGCUCCGGUAUUCUCGCCUAUGGGCUGAUGCAAAUGGACGGCCUCGCUGAUUACAGCGGAUGGCGAUGGAUUUUCAUCAUGGAAGGCAUCCUAACUUGCGUCGUUGGCAUAAUAGGGUACCUUUUCUUGGUUGACUUCCCGGACCGCGCCGCCAAAACCUCAUGGGCCUUUUUGAACGAGCGCGAAUGCCAGUUCAUCAUCCGACGCAUUGCCAAAGAUCGCAGUGAUGCAGAAUUGGAGCCAUUCAACUUGAAGAAAUGGGCAGCUUCUGGCUUGGACCUGAAGAUCUGGGGCUUCGCUCUGAUCUUCUUCUCCAUCACGACUCAGGCCUAUGCCAUUGCGUACUUCUUGCCCAUCAUCCUCCAUGAAAAUAUGGGGUUCUCAAUUGGUGCCUCACAAUGUUUAGUCGCCCCUCCAUAUGCUUUCGCUGGUAUCUUGAUGUUCGCGACCUCGUGGGCUGGCGACAGAUGGCAUAUGAGAGGUCCAGUCCUGGUCUUCAACUGCCUCGUUUGCUUUGUGGGACUGCCGCUCAUGGGUUUUGUCCAGAGCUCUGGUGUGCGGUACUUUGGUGUUUUCCUAACCACCGCCGGCGUCAACGCCAACAUCCCGGCAGCCAUGGCGUAUCAAGCAAACAACAUCCGCGGGCAAUGGAAGCGGGCGUUUGCAAGUGCAACACUCGUAGGGUUCGGUGGCAUCGGUGGCAUCGCGGGCUCUUUGAUUUUCCGUUCACAAGAUGCGCCUCACUAUCGGCCUGGAAUAUAUGCGGCCCUUGCUUGCGACGGACUCAUCAUCAUGAUCGUGGGCAUCUUGUCAAUCCACUUCCGCAGAUGCAACCGGAAGGUCGCAAAGGGUCAGAUGGUCAUCGAAGGCCUUGAAGGGUUCAGGUACACAAUUUGA